GUGUUCGCUCAGUAGUCGCGUGGAGCUCACAGCUGUUGGUUGGCUCUAGUCUUCAGUUGAAAAAGUUUUUAUAUUUUGUUUAAUAUUUUUCGCGAACCUAGCACAAUGUCGCAUAUUAAAAACUUAAUACCGAACACAGUUAAUCCAGAUCUUCAAAAGGAACGCACUGGAGCAGAAUUCAAUGUGGAGGAGUUUUCUGCUUGGUGGCACGGUGGUCAGGGAAAGCUGAAGACCAAACGCGAAAUCGAAACGGCUAUCUUCAGUGACCUGGAGGAUGGCUACGGCAUCGAUCACGAGUAUAUGUCCCACGAGGAGGUAUACAAUUCGAGUGUGAAGAAGGUGGCUGAGGCUGCUACCAAACUGAAGGCCCUUCAGAACAAACUUAAUCCUGGAGGCAACGAUAUCUGGCCUGGAGUGCUGUUCAAUGCUCAAAGUUUUGGACUCUUUCCGGCUAAUCAUCCCGUUGCCACCCACAUCACUAUGUUUGUGGAUGUGAUCAAAGGUCAGGGUACACCUGAACAGGUGGAGAAAUGGGGCAAGGCGGCGGAGAACUGCAACAUUAUUGGUACUUAUGCCCAAACGGAACUGGCCCAUGGAACCAAUGUCCGUGGGUUGGCCACUCGAGCGGACUUUGACCCCAAAACGGAUGAGUUUGUGCUAAACACACCCAACUUGGAGGCCUAUAAGUGGUGGCCAGGCGGCUUGGGACACACUGCCAAUCAUGCCAUGGUGGUGGCUCAGUUGUAUAUUGGUGAUGUCCACCACGGCGUGCAAAUGUUCAUUGUGCCGGUGAGAGAUGCGGAGAGCCAUAUGCCCCUGCCCGGAAUCGAUAUUGGCGAGAUUGGCAAGAAGCUCGGCAUGGCGUCCGUGAAUCAGGGUUUCCUGGGUAUGAACAAUGUUCGGAUUCCACGCACCAACAUGCUCAUGAAAUUCGCCAAGGUGGAGCGGGAUGGCACCUUCAAAGCCAGCCCAGCAUCAAAGCUAAACUACCUGACCAUGGUGUACACUCGUUGCUUGAUCGUCAACCUGAACUCUACGCUGCUCCUGGCUUCGGCUACAAUAGCCACCAGGUACUCAGCGGUGCGACGACAGAGUCCUAUUGAACCAAACCAACCCGAGCCCCAGAUCAUUGAUCAUGUUACCCAGCGCCUGAAGCUCUUCCCCGAGAUCGCAACUGGAAUGGCCUAUCACUUGGCCGCCGAGUACAUGUGGGAGAUUUAUGCCCAGACCGUACAGGAGGCCAACAGCGGCAAGUUCGAUCGUUUGCCUGACAUGCACGUCCUAUCCUGCGCUCUCAAAGUUCUCUGCACCACCGACGGAUGUGCUGGCAUUGAAAAGCUUCGCCUGUCCACUGGAGGACAUGGUUACCUUACGGCCGCUAAUUUGAGCAACAUCUAUGGCAAUGCUGUAGCAGCCUACACAUAUGAGGGCGAGAACACAGUGCUGCUUCUGCAAAUUGGACGUGCUCUGGUCAAGGCAUGGGCUUCCUUCGAGGAAAAUAAACCAGUUUCCGCCUCGUACAGCUACUUUGCCACCUCAAUGAAGCUGAAGGAGUUUCCCAAAUGGGACGACUCCUGGCAGUGCAUCAUCAAGGCGUUGCAAUAUACGGCAGCUCAUAAAACCCGCAUUGCAUUUGAGAAUCUGGCGAAUCGCAUGAUCAGCGGUCAGUCUCAGGGUGUGGCGGCAAACAACACAGGAAUUGAACUAACCCGUGCUGCUGAGCUUCAUGGUCGACAGUUUGUGUGCCAGACAUUCCUAGAGCAGAUUACAGGACCCAAGGCCCAAAAGCGUUCCCCGGCUCUCAACAAGGUUUUGGAGAACGUGCUGGAACUGUUCCUGGUCCAGACAGUGCUCAAUAACCUCAAUGAUGUUUUGAGAUUCAUCAGCCUCAGCGAUGCAGAUCUGCGAUCACUGCAGAAACGUCUGGAGGUUUCGCUGGAGAAGUUCCGACCCAAUGCGGUGGCCAUUUGCGAUGGCUUUGAGUUCCACGACCGUGUUCUGAACUCAGUUUUGGGCUGUUACGAUGGCAACGUGUAUCCCAGACUCUUCGAUUCGGCCAAGCGCAGCACCAUGAACCAAAAGCCCGUACAAAAAUCCUUUGAAACCUACCUGAAACCCCUGAUGAAGGCUAAUCUGUAAAGCAAACACCAACGGCCCUGUGUAUAUAAAUGAAUAUGUUAAUAGAAACGAGAUGUUUUGUUUAAA